AUGUUAAACAGAAAACAUCGAAUGAUGUCAACAUUUGGUUUACUCUUACAAAUCCAUCUUGCCUUUUCCUACACAAAAACAUCCAAUGAUUAUGAUCUGUAUGGAAUCAAAGUAGCAAUGAAUGAUUAUAUCAUGGUUAGUGUCGAUAAUCUGAAUAUGGUUUGGUAUGUCAUUCCAGUGGUACCGAACAAUUCUAUAUACAAUGCCAUCGCUUUCAACGAAACAAGCUGUGAUUUUGUUUAUAGUGUCGUUGUUCCUGUUUGGAAUAUAAGUUCAUUCGUUUACAAUUGCAUCGAUUAUCAAGGCCGAAAUGUGAUUGGUCAUUUUGUUAGUAGUAGUAUACUUUCAUUUUCAUUGGCGGAUGAACAGAUAGUGUCAAAUUACUCGACACAAGACAAUUUUAUCAUCGAUAUUGAUGGACAAGAUGCGGGUGUAUAUGGAUUUGCUGAUGAUUUUAUGUUUUACUAUGAAUUGAAUCCAGCACAUUCACUAACAAUAUGGUCUAAUACAUGGAAUAUGUCUCCACGAGCGCUCGAUAUCGGUUCAAAUGUUGAUUAUGGUGUGAUCAUUGGUUAUUGUCAAAUAACAUCGUCUUUAGCGCAAGAAUGUGCUUUCAUCAUUCAGUUAAACAAGUCCUUGUCAUAUCCUGUCCGUACAAAUGAAUUCUCUAUUCAAAAUUACAUCCAGUUUCCUUAUUCUGAUCCACGUACUAAUCAUCAUAUCACACAGAGUCGUCUGUAUUCUGCCCAAACAGUUUUAUCAAUAGCCAUCACUUGGCGAACUCGUCGUGUUCUAAUAGGUAUUCCAUCACUAAACAUAGUAUUACUGUAUUCAUUCGAUAACCCUCAAAAUUUGGCCGGUAGCCGUCAGAAUGGAUUAGGACUGAUGGGAUUUGGGAAAGGUGUUGCAUGGUUGGAUGAUCAAGGUGAAAAAGCGGUAAUUAUUGCUAACAAAUAUGUCUAUUCAUCUUAUCAAUGGAUAUCUUCGUCUAUUCACGUUUAUGAUAUACAGUCCGAUGGGUUCACCGAUGGUGCACGGCCCAUUCUUAUCUAUCCGAACAGCCAACAGAUAUUGUUUCCAUGGAUUAAUCCAUCAUUCUUGCGUCUUAGCUGCUCAGCUUCUGGACAUGUGACCAUAUUUGAUUUAUUGGGCAAUGCAGCUAUUCUCUUUGCUGCACCAGCAGGUACUUAUCCGAGUACAAACUCAGAUUUUUAUACGUCGAUUAUUGUAUCUUGCAUUCGUGGCACCUAUCGAAACUAUACUGGAAUUGAAUUGUGUUUUCCGUGUCCAGAAGGAACGUAUUCAAGCGAUUGUUUGCCGUGCAGAUCAAAUGAUUCAUUUUGUCCAUUUGGUUCCGUUGAGGAAAUCGCAUAUUCGACAUUUGAAUCAAACGAUCAAGAUCAAGAUUAUCCAGAAUCACCUGAAAAUAUCGUAUUUGAUGAUAUACUCAUGCAGAACAUGUUCAGUUUCAAUGUACAAUCGAUCCAUUGUCUUCUUGUAUCACCUAUCACUUGGGUAUUCGUUGUCAUUAUGUUAUCUGUUAUCAUAGCUAUUGUAACGACAAUUCAUGAAUAUUUUGGCCCGGGCAAACAUAACAUACGUGAUUGGAUAAAACAGAUCUUGAGAAAAGUCGAUCUUAUUGGUGAAGGACAGUUAUGGAUUGGCGGCCUGGUCUCGGCAGCUAUUGUUGUUCUCAUUGUUUCGGCUUAUGUAUUUUCGAGUAAAUACACCUAUGAAUAUCCACUCGAACAGUCCACAAGCGCUAGUGCAUUUGCAUGCGAUGUCUCAUUGCGUAAUGCAAAAUUCAGUACUACUCUGCAAAAACUACCAAGCUCACGCAGUGCCACAAAAGAUAUUCAAGCUAUUUUCGACCUACUCAACCUACAAUCAUUUACACUCAACAUUGAUCUAGUACAAACGGCAUUUACAUGUGAUGAUACUUUAUUUGUACAACGUUUCAUUGGGUAUACAGAGACAAAUUUAACAAUUUCAAGUUGCGAAACAAGAUUUAACGACAGUAUUCUUUCGCUAGCUAUCCGAUUACCAGUUCAAGAAAUCAGUUUACAAGUGACUUUAUUAGGACUGAAGACUAUCGGUGCUAUUCGUCUUGGAUUGUAUGGAUCAGGUUCCACCACUGAUAACAAAAGGUACAAGCUCAUGUCACUCAAUUUCUCGUCGACUUUUGUUCCUCUCUCGAUUAAUCAAGUUCUUGCUUCAGCUACUCUCUUUUCUCUACAAUUAACUCAAAAUGUAAAUCGAACCGCUCCGUUGAGUACCGAUGGAUACUCGACUUACAGUGCCAUGUGGUCUCCUUCAUUCAAUGUCAACACUGAUGAACUAUUCUCGGAAGAAACUCGACAUACCUUGUUUCAACGAAUGUAUACGAACAUCAGUAUCACUAUCGAAAAGUCCAUCUUCUAUGUCAGUAAUGUACAAGAGCCAAUUGCACGACGUACUGAGAUCAUUUUUCAUAAUCUUCUGUUUACGAUCGUUGUUUUGGAAUUGUUUGGUUUAUUCUUUCUUAUUUUUAAAUUGCUCCUUUUCCCGUUGAUGCAAUCGAUAAUCGAACGUAUAUCGACAAAGAAAUGUGGUGUCAUUAGCAAAGACUUAUUCUUGUCCAAAAUAGUUAUCAAUAAGACUACUCCUGCAAAAACUGAUCAACUGGAUCUUGAUAAAAAAUCAUAUUGUGAAUGGUCAACAGUUGUUGAAGAUGUAGAAAAGCCUACGACUGAAAUGAAUCAUUCGUAA